CCCAGCUGCUGGCUCGGGCUGCAGUUCUCUGAUGGCUUGCACACGGUGGACCAGCCCUGUUCUCCUAUGUGUUUCUCUGCUGCUGACCUGUGGAUUUGCUGAGGCAGGGAAGCUGCUAGUAGUACCCAUGGAUGGGAGCCACUGGUUCACUAUGCAGUCGGUGGUGGAGAAACUUAUCCUCAGGGGGCAUGAGGUGGUGGUAGAUGCCAGAGGUGAGUUGGCAACUGGGAAGAUCACUGAAUUGCACAGUGAAGACUUAUUCAACCUCAUACACCUGGAGGAUCUGGACCGGGAGUUCAUGACUUUCGCCCAUGCUCAAUGGAAAGCACAAUUACGAAGUUUCUUUUCUCUAUUUCUGAGUUCAUCCAAUGGUUUUUUUGAUUUAUUUUUUUCGCAUUGCAGGAGUUUGUUUAAUGACCAAAAAUUAGUAGAAUACUUAAAGGAGAGUUCUUUUGAUGCGGUGUUUCUGGAUCCUUUUGAUGCCUGUGGCUUAAUUGUUGCCAAAUAUUUCUCCCUCCCCUCUGUGGUCUUUGCCAGGGGAAUAGCUUGCCACUAUCUUGAAGAAGGUGCACAGUGCCCUGCUCCUCUUUCCUAUGUCCCCAGAAUUCUCUUAGGGUUCUCAGAUGCCAUGACUUUCAAGGAGAGAGUAUGGAACCAUGUCAUGCACUUGGAGGAACAUUUAUUUUGCAAGUAUUUUUUCAAAAGUGCCCUAGAAAUAGCCUCUGAAAUUCUCCAAACACCUGUCACGGAAUAUGAUCUCUACAGCCACACAUCAAUUUGGUUGUUGCGAACGGACUUUGUUUUGGACUAUCCCAAACCCGUGAUGCCCAACAUGGUCUUCAUUGGUGGUAUCAACUGCCAUCAGGGAAAGCCAUUGCCUAAGGUAAGUCAUACUCUUAGCAGUUUUGCAUACAUUCUUUUCAUUAAAAAAGCGUUUUAGUUGUGUAUAUAUAAUUUAAAAAUUAUAGGUCCUAUUCAGCCUACAUUUUUGAGUACCAUGUUUAGAAAAGCACCAAAAACAACAGUAAGAAAUAUAACUUCCCUUUAUUGCUAAUUUUUGUGACCCCUAGAGGAAAUGCUCUUAGCAG